AUGUAAUAUUACGUAUCUGUGAUCAACAGCUGAGUAGUGACAUUAUGGUGACAUUUGACAAUUGAAAUUAUUUAUUUUGUGUAAUUACCUACUCGAUUUCCUAUCGGUCUGCACGUGAUAAAGAGACCAGGAUAAAUUCUUGUGAAGAAUGGCUUCCAAAAUUUCGAAACCCCAAAUUCGUGCGCUCUACAGAUCUCUCCUGCGAGAAUCGGAAAAGUUUUCCAAUUACAACUUCAGGGCAUACGCAAUCAGGAGAGUUAGAGAUGGGUUUAGAGAGAAGAAAGAUUUAACAGAUCCAAAGGCGAUUAACAAUGAAAUUAAAUAUGCAAUGGACAGUCUGCAACUUAUCAGGAGACAGAUUGUUAUUGGAGAUAUGUACAGGACAGAUAAACUCGUCAUUGAAAAUAUGAAUCAAUGACUUGAAUGUAUCAAGAAUCGAACAUGUGGUAAAAAUGUAAAUAAUAAUAAAAAUAGCUUCAUGUAAAAAUAUGUUCGGAAAAGUAAACGGAAAAAAAAUCUCAAAACUUCGGCAAUUUAUUUAUUUUAUUAUUUUAUUUUUUGCUUCCUAAAAAUGGAAUUUUACAGUCACUGAUAGCUUAUCCAACACUUUAAACAUAGAUUAUUAGAUUUUCAUAAACAAUUUGUUAUUUUAACUGACAGAUACUCUAUCCACAAAUUAUCCAGAAAUUGUUAAACUGGCGAGUCUUAACUUGCUUCAGUGAUUUAGUAUUAAAACAAAAAGAUCCCGGUUUAAAAAAAAUCAUCAAAUACCUCUUUUUAAAUUACAAGUCAUAUUGCACCUUAAAUCUUAGGAAUAAAGUUCUAAUUUAGUUGUCGAUUGAUGUAUGAUUUUUAUUAUAUAAUGCAUUUGUAUGUAAAUAGUUUAGAACGUUAGAAUUUUAAAUAAAUAAGUGUUAGAAAGAAAAA